AUGUUCAAGCAAUCUCUCGUCCUUUCUAGACAAUUCACUAGAUCGUUGGCCACUGCCGCCAACGCCAAACCAUCCUUGGUCAAAUCAUUCAAGAUCUACAGAUGGUCUCCAGAUACCCCAGAAGUCAAGCCAAAAUUGGUCAGUUACGACAUCGACCUUAAUGACUGUGGUCCUAUGGUUUUGGACGCCCUUUUGAAAAUUAAGAACGAACAAGAUUCAACUUUGACCUUCAGAAGAUCCUGUAGAGAAGGUAUCUGUGGCUCUUGUGCCAUGAAUAUCGGUGGUAGAAACACUUUGGCCUGUUUGUGUCGUAUCGACAGAGACACCAGCAAAGACUUGAAAAUCUACCCAUUGCCACACAUGUUUGUCGUCAGAGACUUGGUUCCAGAUUUGACCCACUUCUACAAGCAAUACAAGUCCAUCGAACCAUACUUGCAAAGAGAACAAGAAAUCCCAGAUGACGGUAAGGAAAACUUGCAAAGUAUUGCUGACAGAAAGAAGUUGGAUGGUUUGUACGAAUGUAUCUUGUGUGCCUGUUGUUCAACUUCCUGUCCUUCAUACUGGUGGAAUCAACAGGAAUACUUGGGUCCAGCCGUUUUGAUGCAAGCUUUCAGAUGGUUGAUCGAUUCCAGAGAUCAAGCCAGUGCUAAGAGAAAGGAAAUUUUGCAAAACUCUAUGAGUUUGUACAGAUGUCACACAAUUUUGAACUGUACCAGAACAUGUCCAAAGGGUUUGAACCCAGGUAGAGCCAUUGCUGAAAUCAAGAAACAAUUGGCUUUUGACUAA